UUUUUAUUUUUUUAGCUUUUUAUAUAUUUAUUGUGUGUAUAUAAACUUUAAAUUUACUAAAAUUGUGAAGCAAUAAAGCAGAAUUCGUGAUUUCAAACACGCCAUCGCAAAAAUAAAACAUAGUUUCGGCAAUUUGACCACAAUAAAGAACAAAAAUGGUUGCCACGGCAUGCGAGCCCAGUCAAGUAAAUUUUGUCCCAGAACGUCUGGCCAUUCCUCUUUUGCUUCUCACACGAAAUCGCAUGAAAAAUGACAAUUUUCGCCCGCUAUCCGAAUAUAUUAGCAGAAAACGCAACCUUUACCAUACGCAUUGCAACUUAGAAGAUAAGAAAGAAACUAAGAGUCAGGAACGCGCUAGAAAACUGAUCGGGGCAUAUCCCGCUCCGAGUCAACCAUGCUUCAACCGGCAGUUGUCGAAAAUCAGCAAACAUAUGAGUAAAACAAAACCGUAUCACCCGCCUCCAAAUAUUUAUAACACCACAUAUGAGCCUUACGCCAGGCGUCGUGGCUUGGGUGGCGCCUAUUGGAAUAAGCUGCCCGGAGAACGGAUAAGUACGUUCGUGCAGCUAGUCUCCGGUCCCCCGAAAAGGCCUAAGAGCAAAUGGGUUUUGUACAACUUUCCACAAAUGGUUGAACGCUUGAACAUGUCAUACAACAAACAUAAGGGGGUUUUCCUCACCAAUGCUCGCAGCCGCAUUGCUUCAACUCGUUUUAUGAUCACCGAUCCGAAGCUGGUGUAUCAUUCACCCUCAGACCCAUCACCGGCAGAAUAUAACGUUGUUUAUCAUACGAUCGCUUACAAUAUGGCACCAGAAGAGUACAUGAAAAGGCAGAAUCCACACUUAUUUUUACGCCAAUCCUGUGUACCGGAGCAAAACAGAAGCUUAAUACCUCGCCACUUGAGCUUUCUACCAGCUGUGGGACGUUACGAGAUUCGAUUUCCGAAACAUUGCCCUUGUCGUAGAAAAAUAUUUACACCUGGUCUUCGCUUAAUUAUUGAUCGGGAGAAACGUAAAAAGUCUCGCCAUUUGCCAUAUAAGAAAAUCAAAGUACAUUUACACUGUGAGCCCGAUUGGCAUCACGUACCGGGUCAUGGUCAUGCGCACGUCUUUCGCUACCCGAAAUCAAAACUGCGCAAGCCGAGACCACUUAAAAGGCCGAAAAAAAUGAAUAGGCUGGAGAAACCACUUCAAUUAUUUCACGAUCAUAAAUAUAUUAAUAUGAUUGUAGCUCCACAUAGACAGGGCAUCGGAAAUAUCGUGGAUGACGGUUCAGCACCCAAAAUACGUUUCAAUUGCAUCAUUAAAGUUAAAAUGCCUAAGCAAUUUAGACAUGAAAGAAAAAAACUGUUCGGAGGAAGUGCACCACGCUUCUCAGAUCAAGAACGCCAUCAGGUAGUAUUGACCACAAAACAAUUAGAGCAACUUAAAAACACUUUACCCGUCGAGCGUCAGUUUCGAGAUCACUCCAUCACUGGGACACCUUUAACUGAAAUUAAGUCGCGCCUAUUUGAAAUACCCGCACGUCUGAAACCAACUUACGAGCCAACCUUACGCAAAAGAACUUUUAAGUUUGCAGCUCCGCCUGCUGCUAAGCUGUUGGUUACGAAAAAAGACUUGUUACCACAUUUAGCAGCAGGGGCGGUCUAUAAGGCGCCGCGUGCCUACAAUAAACCCGUCGAACUUGAGAGUUUCUUAAAAACAACGGCAGAUAGAGAAUCAUCGUUCACAGAAUAGACUUAAUAUAUGUACUUACUUACUUAAUAUACAGGUGCAUUUUGAGCUGUAUGGAAAUUGUAAAUGCAAAGCAACAAAAAAGUUCCAUUUGUGAUCCGUACAUUGCGCUGUAAGGCAACAAAACUAUUGAUGAUUUACCAAAAUGGCUACCUUCAAAAUUGUAUGGGAUUUAGAUAAACGAAUUUAAUUACUGGUAAUAAAACUGGAAUGUU